UUUUCCUGUUCAACCGAUGGUGAAGUGGAGCUGUAACCGGAAAGGAGGUGCUUUGUUUCGAUAUUCCGCGCAUUCAAGCACAUAUGACAGUAAACUCGGAAGCAAACUUCAGGUCUUUAAAAAAAAAAAGAGAGAAAGAAAUUGAAUAAUUAGUUGCUUCCAUUUUUCCGGAACAAAUCCAGAUACUUCUUUGAAUUUUGUGUUGACCGGAAGUCAGUGGUGGAGGAAUGGAGGAUGGUUCCACACGCUGCGGACUGGUUCCGGAGAUGCAGUUUGAAAUAUAACCACAAGGGAAUGUCUUGCGAAGUAACAAUUUAUAAAUAAACUGGUUGCUCAGUACUCCGUAUCAUGUCUGAGGAUCCAGCCAGCAGCUUAAGAAAACUGCCUCCUGGCCAGCUAGAGAACAUACGCAAGCGAUUUGAAGUGGGCGGUGAGAGUGCCCAGGCUUCAGAAAAUGAUGUGAAACUGCGAACAAAGCCUCCAGUGCAAUCUAGCCCGGUCCAUAAAAGGCCCACAACUACAGUGUUAGAUUCUCCUGUCAGAUCAAUAAAUAAAGAAAGACUGCGUCCCCAAAGUACUACAGUGUUACCAAAUUCUUCACCGAAUGUGGCCAAAGUGUUGAAUAAAUUUGAGUCAAAAGGAACUGGAGAACAGGUAAACACACCUAAAGUUACACCAAGAGAUCCAAGUCCGCAUAAACUGACCCCGAUUAAACCAACCAUCUCAAAGAAACCAAGUUUUACUAAAGCAGAUGACUAUGAAAAACCUCCAAUUUCAAAGAAGCCAAGUUUUUCAAAAACUGAUGAAAAGAAAAAACCAGUGAUCGUGAGAAAAUCCAGCAUAUCAGGUAAAGAUGAGAUUAAACCUGUCAAUAUUGUGCAGCAAAGAACACUUAAAGCUGGGCCCCCUCCACGUCCUGCUCCACCAGUCAGACCUAGUUCACGUCCAUCAAGUGUGGGCUCAGAUGAUCAAGAGGGACCAAUUUAUAGUGAGGUCAACAAGAAAACUAAAAAACCUGUGUCUAAUGAAAAGAAGGAGGAGAGAAACAAUCAGUAUGAUGAAGCUUGGGACAACAGACCAGUGAGUAAGUUGAUAAGUUCCCCAGCUAAACAGCCAAAUGCUCCACCCCCACCUCCGAAGAAGCCCCCCAGAACUGGUGCACAUGAUGAAUACAUGCAAAUUAAAAAACAAGGUGUUGCUUUCCAUCUUUAUGAUGAUGUUCCAGAGGAAGAACCAUCACCAGUGUACAGAAAAAUUGUAAAGCCUUCAGUUACAGACUCGCGUGAAAAAUCUGAGAUAAGAGUGCCCCGCCCUAGCAGGCCUCCUCCCCCCAGGUCCCGCCCAGUGACAAUUGCAGGAGAUUCACCACAAACAGAAGCAUCAAAUCUAAAAAGUGAGUUAUCCCAUAAACCUCUAUCAACACCUAGUCUCAAAUUGUAUGAGGAAGUAAAUGGUGGCGAUUUCAGUAUUAGUAACAUAAAACAUUGGGAUUUACCCUUGCCAGUGCCACCCGAAACUUCAUCUAUCCCACCACAUGGUUCCACCAACCUAAAACGCAGCUUAAGCAUGGAUAGUUUAAUGGGAAGCCCAGUGUAUUGUGACCCAGCACCGAUUGUGAGCUUUCGAGAUGACAGUGAAAUUUACGUGGAUAGUGCAGGGUAUGCCAUGCCCUUGGGGACGCCCACACACCGAGGACUGACCAAUUCUGCUUCUCUAGAUACCGACCCAGCUUCAGGAGGGAUAUGUCGUCCACUUAGCCAUGCAGUGAUGAAACAAUUAAAAAAAUUGAAACCUGCAGGCAAGCCAAAACGAGCAUCAGCACGGGAAAACUGGAAAAAGCUUCAGAACUCCAGUGCAGAGAAGGUAAAGAUGAAGAUCAACAUUGCGUUUGCUGUGAUGCGUCAAAUGAAGAAUGAACAUAGAACAGACUCAGUGAGUGAGAGUUCUGAUGUGGACAGCUUGGUAGAUGAAAGUGAAAUCAAAAAGAGGAUUUCUUAUUGUGGGAUUGUUCGGAAAAAUACGAGUAGGAGUAUACGAAAAGCCCGUCAUGUUCAAACGCAGGCGUACAAUCAGAUGUUUGAUUUCUGUCUCAUUGUCGGACUCCAGCCAAACAACGAUCACACGGCAUACAAACCAAAAAUCAUCUACAAGUUCCCUGACCUUGGAAAACUGCAGAUUGACACUCAUGGCCGACUGUCGAUCUGUAGACCAAGGGUGGAGAGCAAUGCGAACAUCCCGGAGUUCUGUUUCCCUGAUGCUGAGGAGUUUGAUGCCAAAUCUGCGUCUGCUGCUGCUCCAAGCGAAUCAUACUCGUUUGUGUUGACCAAUGUGGAAGCAGAAAGAGUUUAUGGAUACUGCAGAAGAAUGGUGCCCUUCUGCAGUAGAGAUGGUCUACCAGAAGUCAUCUGCAUAGUUAGUCCAGUUGAUGCCUUUAGCAUGUACAAUGAGUUGUUAGAUGCUGCUGAGAAUUGUCGGCACAAGUCUUUGGAUCUGUCGCGAGAAUUACUGUCGGCUGCAUUUGGCAGACCUCUACCAGAACCAGGGAAAUUAGUACAAGUUAGAACAUUGGAUGAGAACUGGGAUACUGGAACAAUUUUAUUAUCCAGACCAGAGGACUUCCGAGUGGACAAUGUGAACAGAGAGUAUCUGCUGUCUAAGCUGGGAAUUGACAAGCUGCUGAAACUCUUUUCCUGUGUGCUGCUGGAAAGAAGUAUUCUGUUUUGUGCCAAAAAUCUUAGCAUUUUGUCUCAGACGAUCCAUGCUUUGGUUGCCUUGCUCUAUCCAUUUCGCUGGCAACACACGUACAUACCAGUUCUACCGGAGUCCAUGUUAGACGUCACAUGUUCUCCGACGCCCUAUAUCAUUGGAAUUUUGUCUUCCCAACUUUCAUAUGUUCAAAAACUCCCCAUUAGUGAGAUUGUUAUUUUUGACCUGAACAAAAAGCAGAUGAUGAAAAGUCAAGGAGACGAGGGGACAAUUUUGCCAAAAGACAUCCAGAAAGCUCUGAAAACAGCACUCAACAUGUGCAAAGUGGAUGCUGACGUAAAGAUGGCGUCCAAUCUGAUGAUGUCUGAGGCGUUCCUACGCAUGUUUGUGGAGGCUGUAGGUCAUUAUGCACAAUACAUCACUACUCAACAGGACGGGACUAAAGUCUUCCAGAAGGAGAACUUUAUCCAGGACGCCCCUACAGACAGUAUGAUGCAGUUCCUGCAGUGGUUUUGUGAAACUCAGAUGUUUGAGGUUUUCAUCACAGAACAGACGGAAAGAAUUAAAUCUGCUAAAAAGAAAAGCAAAACUAUUGAACUAUUUGAUCAAAGAAUUGUGGAGGCAAGAGCAGAAAUUCUGGAUAAGAAGGCCAAGAAGAAUAAAGGACUAUUGAAAAUGCUGAAGACCUAAGAGGUUUCUACAGGUCAUGUCAAAAGUCUGUGAUAGGUAUUACAGGGUCAGUCAAAAUAUGGACAGCCAAGAUUGACAGUUGUCACAUACAUUCCUAGAUUGACAUUUGUCAUAUAUACAUUCCUAGAAUGUAUUCUAAUCCCAGUACUUAGUGUUAAGUAUUCUGUAAUGGAAUUGCCAAUAUGUUAGGCUGGACAGAAAAAGCUGUCUGUGAAUCAUUAUGACUUAGUCAAAUUAUCCAUUUUUUAAAAAAUAAUAUAUAUGUAUAUUAAUGGCACUGCAUGUAUAUUCUAGGUACGUGUACAUCUCUGAGAAUUUCAAAGUGUCUUAUCAAUGUAGACAAAUAGCCACUGUUUCUUGUCUACAUGUUGGUUUUCCUCUUUUUGUUAUGGUUGUGUUGCACUAUAUUUUAUACCUUGUAAAGUUUACAAAGUUGAUCAUGGUCAGAUCCACAUUUUACUUAUUUUAUCACUUGUCUUUGACAGAUACCAUGCCCCCCGACAACCAUGAUAUUUUGAUCAGAUGUUACAAGUAUAUAUAUAUAUAUAUUGUACAGUAGGUGUUAUGCAGUAUAUACACUGUACUAUGAAACGAGAAACAGUCAGUGUAUCAGAAAAGUUCCCUUUAUUUAUGAAACUGACCAGUUUCAUUGUGCAAUAUUCAUGUUGGUGUUUGUAAAGAAUAUAUAGGCUCACCUAAGCCAUAUCUCAAGUGAAGUUUACGUAUCAAACUCUGCCCUUCGUCUACCUGUCUAUAACUUAAUAUUGUCAGUUCCAGAAAAAAAUAAACUUUUGCAACCAAUCUGAGAGCAAAAUAUCAUUGGUUGUGGAAUUUAAGGGCUUUUAGUGCAAAGGGAGUUAAUUUUAAAAGAAUUUUGAUUUCGGAAAGAAUUACAAUUUGUGAAAUUAUCUGCAAACAUUCUUAUAAAAUGUACAUGUAGAUUCAAGUUUGUUCAAAUCAUGGAUUUCUGUGAGAAGUAAACAAUGCGGUAUAAAGUUCAGGAGAUUUAUUUGUCUGUAUAAAGCAGGCUGAUUCAGGUGAGCAGUGCAACAUAGGCCUCUUGCUUGUGUAAUUUACUUUUAUUGUAAAUAAAUGCAGAUUUAGUAGUACAUGUCGAUGUACAAAGUGCAUGUGGAAGUGAAUGGGACUCCUGUUGUUCUGUUAUAAUGACGUCGGUAUGUCUAUCCAAUGGGACAUUCUGUUAUAAUGACAUGUCAGUAUGUCUAUCCAAUGGGACGUUCUGUUAUAAUGACAUCGGUAUGUCUAUCCAAUGGGACGUUCUGUUAUAAUGACAUCGGUAUGUCUAUCCAAUGGGACGUUCUGUUAUAAUGACAUCGGUAUAUCCAAAUUGGCUGCACAAUAGAAAGAUGUGAAGAGAAAAACUUUGUGAUUCAAUAUUUUGUGCCAAUCAAGAAUUGAAAUACUUUCCCCUUUCAUCUCCAAUUCAUUGUUGAAUUUUUAGGUACUUCAAUGGUACAUCCUAUGAUGGGCAGCUAACUAAUUUUAGCUCGCCUGAGCCAAAGGCUCAAGUGUUUCUUGUAUUUUUCAAGAAUUUUUUUUUGCCAAACCCACUGAAUCAUUUUUAGCCAAGCUUGGCACAAGCUUCCUUGCAUAAUGAGGAUCUGAAUGUAAUUGUAUUCAAAUAAAAGACCCUUUCAUAUUCCAAAGGGGAAUAAGUAAGAAAUUGGUGGGGGCAUUUAAAACUUUCAAGAACUACUAGAUUAGAAAUAAGUUUUUAAAAAAAAAGAUCAAUGAAUGAUUUUUACCUGAAGUGUGUGCAUGUGGAGAAGAUAAAAACAUUGUGAUGAUUUGAAAGGACUAGGUUCUCAGUGGUCUGAGUAGGCCUGAAUUCUAACUGUAAAUUGAAACUACAUACAUAAAUAAUGAAAUGAUUUGCCUAAAUUUACUGUUAGAUAGUAAAAGAUACAAAACUAAUUAGAAUUGUAAAAGUGACUGUGAAUUUACAAUAUAUGACAUCACAUGACUUUCACUCCAUAGGACCAAAUUUUUUAAAACCUGAUUGGCUAAAUUUAGAGAGUAUGAGACACAUGUAUCAAUCAUAAGAUUGAAUUAAGUUAAUCUUCAUUACAUUUUAAUGGGGAAAAUAUUUUGAUCAACAUAUGUGGUUGAUGAUUUAUAUUGAACUGGCUGAAAUGUAAACAUAUUUAACAAUUUUGAAGGAAAAUGUGAAAAUUCAUUAACUUUGUGACAUCUUAUUCCAGAAGGAAUCAGUUGUGGGGAAAUAUAACUUUAUUUUUAGAUAAUACUAACUGUUAUAUAAGAUUUGUAUUUUCUAUGACUCAGUGAAUGCCAGAGUGUCUGAACCUCGUUUGUAAAAAUUUUGAAGAAAUCAUUUGUUAACAUUUCAGUCACAAAAUAUUGGAGUUGCAUCUGGUAAAUUUAGCACUCAGGUGAAUAAAUAGCCUUGCGCAUGUAUUUUCCAAACCUGAAACUUCUAUUUUUGUCUAGUUUGCUCAAUGGGUUAAGCUUUCAGCUUGUGAUUGUUGACAAUCUGUUGUUUUUAUUUUAUAUAAUUUCCUUUAAUGCUGAAAGAUUUAAUUGAGAGAAAUCCAGGAUACAGAAACAUUUGUAAGAUAUUUAGGGUCAUCUUUAAAAUUACACAGUACACACAACACUACCCAUAUCUUUUCUGGUAGUCGCUGAGUUUUAGGUGCCAUGAAUUAAUUAGCUUUGUUAUCAGCUUUAACUGAGAGAAUUGACUCCAGGGAUCUGUGAUAUUUUGCUUGUUGUCCAUUAAAAUUAUAAUUUUAUCAUUUGUUCUGUUAGUAGGGAUGAAUCUCAAUCUCACAACAUAUCAAUAUUUUACUGUGGUCCUCUUAUCAGGAGUCUAAACUGCACAACAAAGUGGAGCAUUCUGUGACCUGAGUGCAAACCCACCCACCCCCAACAUGCACACACACUCUCCAACAUGACAUAUUGAUUAAUUCUUACUAGUCUACCAUACUAAUAUAUAUAAAGUCAAUGUCAGAUAAUGAAUAAUGUUUCUGGCAUUGUUAUUAACACACAGUCUUAAAGGGGCAUGGACACAAUUUGAGCUGAAAAUUUUUAAGUUUUAUUUUCAUUUUCAAUGUUUAGAAUGCUUAACUAAGGUAUUUCUAAUAGUCAGCAAAAAUUUAAAUGUCAUUUGUCAAGGUACAUGAGAGAUAUAGAGCUCACAAUUCUUUGUUAUGUAAACAAGGAUCGUGCCAUAUGUUUGUUUACAUAGGUUAAAUAUACUACAUUGUAGUAAAAGUUUGUUUAAAGCAGAUUUUUCAAUUUACAAGUAAAUUCUGAACACAAUUCAAUAGUUUCUAGUGUUUGGCACAUCUCAUUUUGUUUUAAUCAUGAUAGUUUCUAUUAAACAAAAAAAUGGCACAAUUAACCUUGUUUACAUAACAAAGAAUUGUGAGUGCUGAUAUUAAAAUUUUGGUUGUCCAUUAGAAAUACUUUAGUUAAGCAUUGUAAAUAAUAAAAAUUGAAAAAUAAAGUUUUCAGCGCAAUCGUGUCCAUGCCCCUUUUGAUCUUCAUAUACAGAAAUACACCACCCCAACGAUUUGUGUACUAACACCCCUUUAAUCCAAUGUCUUGACAGCUGUUACAGAUGAUUGUUCUUAGAGAAGCAUUUGUGUUAAUCAAACACAUCUUGGUUUUUUUGUUAAAUAUUUUUAUUUAUAUUUUGAUUUGGAAUUAUUUUCAAUAUAUAGUAUUAUAGUAACCUGUAAAUCUGUAGUCAAUAUACCACACUCAUGUUCUAUAUGUGUAUUCCUGUUGAUGAUUUUGGUUCUGCCAGCGUUCAUUCCUUGUACAGUGAGACAUUAUACUAUUCAUUCGGUAGUCUGUGAUUUUUUCCUGUGCUCAGUAGUAAUUAAUGAUCUGCUAUUGGUAAAGAUCACCUACUUAAAAAUUGUGCAAUUGUUGUAAUAAUAUAUCAUAAAGUCAUGUAUAAUGCAAUUUUGUUACAUUGAUAAUAUAUAAUAAAAUUAUAUAUCUGUCCAAA